AUGUUGGACCAGCUUCUGGCUCGACAGACGGCGACGUGCGCGCACGAGGGCCACCUCUCAGCCAGCGUGCUCCAGGAGGCCAUCCACCUGGUGGAUGUGCGCCAAGAGGAGGUGCUGGUGACACUGUUUGCUGGCGUGGCGGAGCGGUAUGCAUCGCCCUCAGAGGACUGGCCCCCGCCCGCCGAGGAGGCUGCGCACUGCGAAACUUUGGCGUCCAUCCCGCCGGGCGCUGACGCCGCCCUGGGCGACCUCGUUGCCCAGGCCCAGGCCCUGGCCGGCCUGUGUUGCACCACGCAUGCCGUGCAGAGCAGGCUGGAGGCCCUGCGGGCGGCCGCCGCGGCCGCAUCCAGGCUGGCCGACUUCGACGCUGCGCGGUCGGCCGCCCGGCUAGAGGCCGCGGCCGACCUGGCGCUGGGCUUCGACGCCGGCUCGGACUACCUGGACGAGGCCAUGCUGCGCACGCUGCGCGCCCGGCGCCAGGACCUGCACCUCCACCUGCUGCGGGAGGCGGCAGCCGCCGCGGCAGAGCCGGGGCCCGCCGGCUCAGGCGUGUGGGCCGCGCUGCGCACGCUGGGCCUGGUGCCGGAGGCCACGAUGGAAGGGGAUGCCGAGCUGGUGGCUGCCCUGGGAGAGAGCCUGUGGCCUCAGCUUGCAGAGGCCUACAUCCAGGCCUGCCUCAGCCCCCUGCUGCCAACCCCUGAUUGCGCUGAGGCAGAGGACCUGGCCUCGUUUGGGCGGGCCGCGGGAAGGGGCAGCAAGCUGGAGGCCAAGGCACGCACGCUGGGCCUGCUGGGCCCAGAUACGGCGUCAGAGGGGCCCAUCGCUGCGUACAUCCGCGAGGCCAUGGCGCAGUAUGCCCUCAGCAGCCGGACCAGGCUGGUGGAGGCCUCGGCGGCGUGCCUGGCGUCCUGGGACUCGCGCGACACGCGCCUGGUCAGCCUGGCGCGGCCCGGGUCGGAGGACGGCGCGCCGCCGCCGGCAGACCAGCCCAGCCUCCUGGUCAGCGCGGCAACGGCGCGGCUGCUGGCGCUGGCGCGUGCCGCGCUGGCCUCCGCCUGUGAGGCCGGGUCGCCCGUCUUGGCCCAGGCCGUGGCGGCGGGGGUGGUGGAGGUGGCGGCGCUGAUCGCCGAGUUUCGGCCGCUCGAAGGCGCUGACCAGCUGCUGCUGCCCUGGCCGGCGGCGCUGCGGCACAACGACUGCCAGGCGGCCUACCAGCUGCUGGCGGGGCUGCCGCACGACCUCGCGCCGCGGCUGCAGGCACUGGUGCACCGAGCGGUGAACUUUGCCAAUCCGGGCGCGCGCGUGCGGCAGGCCAUCCUGGGGGCUAGGGACAUCUCGGUGGACGAGUCGGAGCGGCUGCCACGCCUGUUCAGGGAGUUCACCGAUGGCGUGCUGGAUGCAGGGCUGGGGCUGGGGAGGAAAGCGCGGGAGGACGCGGACGAGGUCCUGGAGCUGGUGGAGAUCAGGCUGACCGAGAUCGCGGCGCGGUGGGAGGAUGGCAGGCUCAGCGCCCUGGGGCUGGCCCCGCAGGAGGUGGCGCACCUGGUACGGGCCCUGUUCGAGGACACGCCGGCUCGCAGGGCGCUCUUGACGGCCCUGGGCAAGGCCCGGUAG